CGAGUGAAGUUCGCACGAGACACACGCUUCCUGCUGAGUGAGGAAUGAGAGCCAGUUAUGGAUUUCGACUGUUGGAAUAUCCAAUACUCUAGUUAAGAUUAAAAGACGCCGGAUGUUUUUGAGGUUUUAAAUGUGCGACCGCAAAGGCUGAAGGAAAAAUGGUCGACAAUUCCGAGUUCACAUCCCCUGAGUGGAGGGACAGCACCCUGGCCCCGAAGAACUUGUCCCUGGAGGAAACCUGCGCCGCCAUCCAGAGCCAGCUUCCCUUCGACUAUGGCGAGGGCGGCAUCUCCUACCACUACUCGGUGUGGUUCACCGCCCCCAUGGCAAUCAUCCUUUCGCUGGUUAGCAUCGCGUCGGUGGUGGGCAACGGGUUGGUGGUGGCCACCAUCAUGCGGCACCGCGGCAUGAGGACGAGGACCAACCUAUUGUUGGCCAACCUGGCGGCGGCCGACAUCCUGGUCGGCGCUCUCGACAUGCCCUUUUCGCUGAUCGCGCUCAUCAACGGCUCGUGGGUGUUCGGCAAGACGGCGUGCCAGUUUAACGCCUUCACCACCGGCCUCGCCCUCAUGGCCUCCAUUCACACCCUCAUGUUUAUCAGCAUCCACAAGUACAUUUCGAUGACAAGGCCGUUCAGCCGGUCGAUGACUCCUCUGCGCAUCUCUCUGAUGGCGGCCUGCACCUGGAUAUGGGGCAUUUUCUACAACCUAUUACCCCUGUUCGGCAUGACCAGCAACGUGUACAAGGAGGGCGCGACGCAGUGCGGGCCCAUCAUCCCUUGCUUGCCAUUUGAGAAACUGCACUCGCUCAUCAACACGAUCAUGAACUUUCUUGUUCCGCUAAUUGUCAUGUCUUUCUGCAACUUCCAAAUCUCCAGAGCCGUCAAAGACCACAUGGGAAGGAUGCGUCAGACUUCCAACGUCAACUACCGCAAUUCUGUUCUGCAACAGAAACACAUCACUGUAACCCUGGUGAUCGUGAUGGUCUGUUACCUCGCCUGCUGGGGCCCGUACAUCAUUUACUCGUGCAUGCUGGCUUUUCUAAAUGACAAAACCGUUGUCCACCCUAUCUUCAAUCCAAUCGUCUACUGGUGCGGAUAUUUGAACUCCGCGUGCAACCCGAUCAUCUACGCGUUCCGCAGCCCCAGCUUCAGGCAGGGCUACCUUGAAAUUCUCUGCAGGACCAAAGCUGACGGAAAGAUCGGCAGUUUCUACAGCGGCUCAGCCAGUGGAAGAGUGAAAACUGCUUCUCAACGCACUUACCUUUCCCAGUACUCACGCAAACCUGCGAAAGAGGGUCGCUUCAGGCAGGGUCGCUGCAUCGCUAAACUCAACUUGGACACUUACAAAUUGAACGAGGUCACUGUUCGCCACGCUCUUCUUCCAAACUCAGGCAUCGUUUCAAAGGCGGUGAUGAACCACCUGAAACACCGUUCGCAGCGCAUCGGCUUGCUGAAGACUUCACCAUCCACGCCCGACCUUACGGCCCUGCUGACGAGCCAGCGACCGCGGAUGCGCCGCUUCGACACGGACACGUGUCUGCUACCCACCCUGACGUCUGGGCUGGAUCUGAUGGGCCAAUGCGGCCACUGUGAAGAGGAGGAGGAUGUCAUUAAUCCUGCAUGCAGUUUCCACACUAUUCCUCCCGACAACGAACUAGACAACUUGCUGGCCAACGAACAGCAGGACGAGGCCAUCCCUAUCGUCCUCUAUGACGAGAACGGAGACGCAAGGAAGAUUCACACCGAGAGCGGUGCCUUUGUCGUCUCCCUUCAGGACGAGGAUGGCCAGUUGUCGGGACACGUCAGGGUCAUUGUCACCGACACGGAUGCCAUUUCCAAUACUUCACUGAAAACCAUAUCCAGGUCAUUCGGUGAGGACCUGAACCUUCCGACCGUGGAGCAGCACCGGGUGAGCGUGCUUUCGCUGGUGGAAUUCGGUCGCAACUUCGAUAUGGACUACGUCCCUGCGCACGCUCCCAACGCCAACAAGAGAUCCACGCAGCACAACUCGAUGUGCGCGCCCCUGCACGAAAUCAAGUUCAGGUCGGACCCAGGCGGGCUGGCCUUGCGCAAGUUCGGCUCGGUGGAGAAGCUGAAUAAUGUGGGGCGGCGGCACCGGCGGCCUCCGAGGGAAAAGCAGCAGAAGCAGGAGGCCAGCAACUCGAGCAGCGUCGAGGCCUUGACCGAGGUGGCCCCCGACAUCCUUCGGCCGAGCAACAAAGGCCUCCUCGCGGCGACCGGAAGCGGCAUCAGGAGCUCCUUCAUGGCGCUGUUCAGCAAAAACCAAUCUGGCUCCAGUGCCAGUUUUGGUUCUAAGAAGUAGAAGCUAGGAUGCAUGGACCAAUAUAGUGCAAUGCUUAUUAUUUAAAGAAUUGGUAUUUUGUUAAAACUUGGAUAAAAUGACUGAAAAGUGGUGGUGACAGAUACAAUGGUCUCAUACAACCUCACAGGGGAAACUCUUAAGGAUGCUGCUUUUUUUAGCUGGCUGCAAAUUUAUUUCAUUUGUGCAAUUUUCAGCAGUUUUUCAAGUUUAGUAAAUUUGACCACGAGAAAAUAUGGGACAUUUUAUCAGCUUUUUUAUUUUGUUUUUCAGCAGUUAAGUUUCAUGAAUGCUCAUAAACAAAAUUAUUUUUAAACCCCUGCUUCUAUUUUUUGUUUGAUAAUAACUAGUUUUACAUAAUUAACAUUUUUGUUGUCAUUUUGUAUUUCAAAUUUUGAACUUUGAACUUGAUUCACAUCAGGUCAAACUACACAAAUACAAAUUCAAUAAAUUCACCACCAGCUUAAACGUAGAUUCCUUAACAGGUUCCUUGUCAAUGUCCGAAAUAAUUGUACAAAUUGCAUAAAAAGUUGUAAUAUAUAUGUGCCAAAAUAUGCUCCAUUCAUUUGUGACUUUGCUCAUUUAACCAAUUUCCAGUAUUUUAUUGUGGCUAGUCAUUAACACAGCAUUUUGUAAAACAUGCAUUAAUUCGAAUUGUGAAAAAUAUGGCAUAGAUCUAAAUUAAAUCCAAUGACAUUACUAAUCUAAGUAGAUAAUACUGUACGCAUCUCGCUGGAUAUCUCAAGUAAACGCUUUUUUCGAAUAUAUUAUACACUUUGUCAUUCCAAUAAAAUAUGCUUUCAUGUGCUGUGAAUAUAGAUUAACUCCCCAGAAACAAAUAAAAUAAAUACGAUAGA